AAACGAGCUAAACUUGUGUCUCUCACAAAAGUCGCUAAAAAGACACGAGAACACAAAAAUGCCAUGAUGAAUGAGUUGCAGGUCAACGCUGAGAAAUGGCGGUAUUGCUGGUUAUUCGAAGUCGGAUCCAUGCGAAAUGCUCACCUUAAAACUGUGCGGAACCUGUGGAAAGAUUCUGCACGGAUAUUCUUUGGGCGAGGGGCUGUCAUGGCGAAGGCGCUGGGCACGACGCCAGAGGAAGAACACAAGGAAGGGAUCCAUAAGCUUGCCAAACAAAUCAAAGGACAAGUUGGCCUGCUUUUCACGGAUACCGAACCCCAGGAGGUCAUCGAAUGGUUUGCUGACUUCAAACAGCCUGACUUUGCCCGAGCAGGCAAUAUCGCAAGUCGCACUGUGAUCCUCCCUGCAGGUCCUGUUAUGCAACGGCACUCAGAUCCACCUGAGCCUUUCCCCCACAACGAAGAUCCUCAGCUGCGCAAGCUGGGCCUAACGACCAUCAUGGACAGAGGUGUCCCGACCCUCACCAACCCUCACAAAAUCUGCACGCAGGGCAAGCCCUUGACCGCAGAACAAACGCAGCUCCUUAAGCUCAUCGGCGAACGCAUGGUUCACUUCCGAGUUGGCCUUCUCGCACGGUGGGACGCUGCGACUGGUGAAGUUGUCCAGCUAGAGUCGUCUAUCACACCUGAAGAAAAGGGAGAGGUGCAGUUGGAGGAAGGUGCUGAAGAUGAGGGUGAGGACGAUGUUCAGAUGUCAUGAGCGCUUUA